GCGACGGGAUUUGCUAUGACUUUUUAUUAUCGUCCGACUGUUACUGAAGCUUUUGCUUCUGUUCAAUAUAUAAUGACGAAGGCUAACUUUGGUUGGUUAAUUCGAUCAGUUCAUCGAUGGUCGGCAAGUAUGAUGGUCUUAAUGAUGAUUCUGCACGUAUUUCGCGUGUAUCUCACAGGUGGCUUUAAAAAACCUCGCGAAUUAACUUGGGUUACCGGUGUAGUUUUGGCUGUAUUGACCGCAUCUUUUGGUGUAACUGGUUAUUCCUUACCUUGGGAUCAAAUUGGUUAUUGGGCAGUCAAAAUUGUAACAGGCGUGCCCGAAGCUAUUCCUGUAAUAGGAUCCUCUUUGGUAGAGUUAUUACACGGAAGUUCUAGUGUGGGACAAUCCACCUUGACUCGUUUUUAUAGUUUGCAUACUUUUGUAUUACCUCUUCUUACUGCCGUAUUUAUGUUAAUGCACUUUCCAAUAAUAUGUAAGCAAGGAUGGAUCUAUAAGAAUUCACCUAUCCUAAUAACAAAAAAACCUGACUUGAAUGAUCCUGUAUUAAGAGCUAAAUUGGCUAAAGGAAUGGGUCAUAAUUAUUAUGGAGAACCUGCAUGGCCCAAUGAUCUUUUAUAUAUUUUUCCAGUAGUAAUUCUGGGUACUAUUGCCUGUAACGUAGGAUUAGCGGUUCUAGAACCAUCAAUGAUUGGGGAACCUGCGGAUCCAUUUGCAACUCCUUUGGAAAUACUACCCGAAUGGUAUUUCUUUCCCGUAUUUCAAAUACUUCGUACAGUGUCCAAUAAGUUAUUAGGCAUUCUUUUAAUGGUUUCAGUACCUAUGGGAUUAUUAACAGUACCCUUUUUGGAAAAUGUUAAUAAAUUCCAAAACCCAUUUUGCCGUCCAGUAGCAACAACCAUCUUUUUAAUUGGUACCAUAGUAGCCCUUUGGUUGGGUAUUGGAGCAACAUUACCUAUUGAGAAAUCUCUAAUUUUAGGUCUUUUUUAA